AUGGCAAACAUCCAGCAAGACCCGCCGUCCAUCUUCCUACUAGGGGCCACUGGCUUCGUGGGCUCUCACUUUGUGCGCUUGCUUGCGCAGGCUCUGCCCGAGCAUCGCGUGUUUGCGCUCGUGCGGUCGCUAACCCCCGCCCGCCGCGACGUCCUCGCGUCCCUACACCCCAACAUCGUCCCCGUCGAGGGCACGCUCGACGACGCAGCGCUCAUCACCGAGUGGGCAGCCAAAUGCCCCAUCACUAUCAAUGCAGCCAAUUCGGACGAUUUCCCGCUAGUGAAGGCCCUCCUCGCCGGGCUCGAAGCCAACUCGCAGGCGAACCCCGGCCGCGCGCCGCUCUACAUCCACCUCUCCGGCCUUGGGCUGAUCAGCGACAACUGUCGGGGAGAGCAGCUGGAUGAGUCGAAGGUCCACAUCUGGUCCGACCUCGACUUCCACCCCAACCGCGUCGAGCCCACUAACUCGCACUUCCGAGAGGACUCGGCGGUCGUGGACGCCGGUAUGCGCGAGGAUCUGCCCAUCCGCACCAUUGUGGUCUAUCCGUCGUGGAUUUAUGGUGUUGGAGAAGGUCCCGCAAAGAGCACCGUCGGCGUGCGCAUGUUCUACGACAUGUUCAAGAAAGCUGGUGCUGCUGGGACGUGGGGUGCCGGGGCGAAUAGGCUUCCAAGCACGCACGUCAAAGACGUCGCAUCCGCCGUCUUCACUGUCUUGAAGGCUGCACUGGAGGGUCGUGCGGAGGAAGGCAAGGAGGGCAUAUAUUUCGCCACCUCGGACAACCCCAUGGUGUCCAUGCACGAGUACACUUCCGUGAUGGGCGAGUGGAUGCACGCUAAGGGCCUGCUAUCGAGCCCAAAGUCGACGCCGUUGCCUGCUAGCAUUACCGAGCCGUUUGGGGAGCUCGGCUGGUCGCGCGUCGGCGGUUCAGAAUGGGCGAAGUCCGAGCGCUUAUAUCGUCUGGGCUGGGAGCCGGUUGAGUCGCGCAAACGGACGAUUCUGCAAAGCUUGCCAGAUGAGCUAGAAGUCGUGUAUGCGGCUGACGCUGCGGGGGAGGAUGCGAAAGUCAACGGUGUCCGUGGUAUGGUCUGGAGCGAGACAGCGAAGAAAUGAGCACGGAGAACCAUAGAAAGGCCAUGUAAAUCGAGAUACAGAACAUCGAAGGCCGGGUAGUCAACUGCUGGCGCGAGAGGAAAGCUGAAGCGAGGGUCGAGGCGAAGAGUGAGACGGACGUCAUACGAAUGUCCUGUAUCGCUGGAAGAUUCGACAAUAUGAGCAAGUCU